UGAAUUAAUCGUAUCGAUUGCAAAAAUGAGAGGCAUCGUAGUAAUGAAAAUUGACGAUAGUAGCUCUAGUAGCUCUGUAACAUAUGAUCACAUAUAUGAAUGUAAAAUUGCGCAAGCGCGAUUAAGAUCUCACAUCGAAGAUGCCGUAAUCGUGAUAUGUAUAUAAAUGGAUCUGGAAUUAGACUUUGACCAUUUGACUGAACUUACAGCGACGACGGGACGAUUAAUCUUGUGCUCGAGGUCGACAAUCAUUCGCGCGGAGAGAGAAAGUGUGCACGGUUGUAUUUUCGCGAGGCCGACACGUUUCAGACGUAUUUGGCAGCUUCUUCAGGGCGGCUGAACACGACGAAACGAGUUCGGUUCCUCGGCUUCUCGCGAAAGAAAAAGAAAAAUUUUUGUUUUUCAAAAGUAUUGUAACAGUGUUCGAAUAUAGAAGUAUACAUUUUCCGAUGUCGAACGUAAUAAGUCAUUACGAGUCGAUCAGUAUGCGAUGGAAGAUGGUCUUGUUCGUCGCCAUUAGCUCCACUAUCCAAGAGAUUUGAGUACCUGCCAGGAUAUCGAAUAAUAAUUUCUCUUGAUUCUCUCGAUUCAAAUUUCUUGUCAACGUCAACCUAACAUCAUGGAUGCUACCUGUCUUCAUCAGUUCAUUAUGGCCCCUCUUAAAAAUUUCCUGCACCUACAACGAAUCAAAGAUUUAAAAGAGACUAAAAAUCAUGCAUGCAUUGGGUUUGAAAUCUUUAAUGGAACGCACCAGCACUGCUUGUAGAAGAUCAGUAUCCUUGAACAAACUCUGUGGAUGAUCUUACGAACAUGGACAAACAGAAAAAUAUAUUGGAUUACUAUUUUGGAAUAGCUUUCUUCUUCAAAAUAAUUAAGCAAGCAGGAUAAAAUGGAUGAAUCCAAGAGCAUUUACGAAUGAGGCAUAUAUUCCUACUCCUAUAGAACAUGUAGCAAAUGUAGCAACUCAUGGAAUCUGGGUUGUACCAUCAGUAAUUGGUGGUAUCGAACUUAUACGGCGUUCGACGACAUGGGCCCAACUUGUGUCCGCGUGCGUAUAUGGCACUUCCUUGAUUCUUGUCUUUGUGGUGUCAACCUUUUUCCAUAGCGUACAUUACUGCAAUCAUAAUAGACAAUUGAAAGAUGCGUUACAUCGCUGUGAUCGUGCUAUGAUAUAUAUCUUCAUAGCAGCCAGUUAUUUUCCAUGGUUAAACAUUGAACAUUUCUCAGACAAUGAGCUUUUAUUUUCAAUGCGGUACGUUGUCUGGAUCAUGGCUAUAAUUGGCAUCCUUUACCAACAAAUCUUCCAUGAGAAAUACAAGAUGCUGGAAACUAUUUUCUAUAUAAUUAUGGGUAUCGGACCUAGUGUUGCAAUCCUUAAUGUUUAUAACUAUUACAAUAUUACCGAAUUAAAAAUGGGCGGACUGAUAUAUGUAUUUGGCUUAGUAUUUUUCAAAUCGGACGGUAUUAUACCUUGCGCGCAUGCAAUCUGGCAUCUUUUCGUGGCCGCGGCGGCUGGAUUUCAUUAUUACGCUAUUCUAAGCCACGUAUUUCCUGAGACAGACUUGCCGAAUAUUCCUGGAGCAUCCAGCAAUAUGCCGCCGUUAAACAUGCUAAAGUCUCAUAUAGAGUUAUAGGAGUUGCGUACUAUUUUCUACAAUAUUUCUUCCAGAUGCUAAAAAUUCUAAAAAGCGUUCUACCAAUUCCAGAUAUAAACUUUAUACAUAUUCUGAUAGAGAAAUGUGUCUUUCAUUUCUAUUUUUUUGGAGAAGUUUUUGAUAAAGAUAAAUUGAUUUCAUAAUCUUGAUUCUGAUGUCUAAACUAGACAGUCGAGUUUUUACGAUUAUUCCAAAUGUUAGUAAACAAAAAUCGUGCAAUGUGUAAAAUAAUAUAUAUUAAUAUAUUUAUAUUAAAAAAAAGAAAAAAUGGUAAAUUAAAAAAAGUUAAGUACCUGAUGGUCACACAUGUAUUAUGGGUGUUUAAAAAAAAACAGUUAUUAGCAAAGAUGUAUAAUUCAGUUACCAUGUUAUUUGCUUUACAAGUUCGAAUACAGUGAAUAUUGUGUCUCAUAUGAUUUAGAAUGCUAGUCUUGAAACCAUUUAUGAAUGCCAAAUUAUUAUAUAAAAAGAAUAUAUUUACAUGUAUUACACAUUAAAAAUGGUAUAGGUAUUAUUUUGAGAUAAAUGCGCUAUUUUGUUCUAUACACUGAGUUUUAUAAAAGUCUUUACAUUAGGAUCUACAGAAUGUAGACACUAAGAAUGAACUUAGUUAUGGAUGGAAACCCAACUUGACUGAAUAUGCAAUCUCUUUGCUUUCUACCAGAAGUGUCAAUUGUCUUUAUGUUUACAGAUGUAUUGUGCCAAAAUUAAGAUCAUAUUUGUAACUAUCUAACAGGUUUCCAACACACUCAUAUAUAGAUAUAGAUACAAUAUAGCUGUAUUUAUAUUACUGUAUGGUUCAAUCUUUAUAUAAAAAAAAGACAGGAUAUAUUAUUUGAAUUACAAUAAUUUUGCAAAUAUUUUGUAACUGUGAAGAAGAAAAAUUACUGUACAGAUAAUUAUAAUUAUCAAACAUUUCACACAUAAAACGUAGUAUGUUGUACAUGUACAACAAUGGCCUUAAUUAUAUUAUUACUUGAU